AUGGAGGGUGCUAAGCGUGGAAGACUUGAAAACGGAUUCAUUCUCAACAUGCCAAAGCUUCAUUGCUUCUUCAACAAAGCCUUUAAAGCCUCCAAAUGUGCAACCUUGCUGAAGCUCACAAUUCCGCGAAUAAAGUUGCUGAGAAACAGAAGAGAGGUUCAGCUGAAGCAGAUGCGAAAUGACAUUGCUAUGUUACUUGAGGCUGGUCAAGAAGCCAAGGCUGGUGUUAAGGUCGUGCACGUUAUGAGAGAGGGGAACAUGGUGGCUGCUCAAGAUAUCAUUCAACUCUUUUGUGAACUUAUUGUUGCACGCCUUCCAAUGAUUCAAUCACAAAGGGAAUGUCCCCUUGACUUGAAGGAAGCAAUAUCUAGCGUAUGUUUUGCUGCACCAAGGUGCAGUGAUCUGCCAGAGUUGUUGCAAGUUCAAUCACUAUUUGGCUCCAAAUAUGGAAAGGAUUUUGUAUCUGCAGCAACUGAACUCACCCCUGACUGCAGUGUUAAUCGCCAGUUAAUAGAGCUUUUGUCAGUUCAAGCACCUUCACAGGAAAAGAAACUGAACCUUCUAAAAGAAAUUGCUGUUGAGCAUAAGUUAGACUGGGAUCCAACUGCUUCAGAAACCAAGUUCUUUAAAAAGCAUGAGGAUUUACUGGCAAAACUGCCUCUUCCUGAAGAAAACCACAGUGAAGUUGAUCUUCACUCCUCAAGCCAAAUUGGAUCACUUGGAUCAAACAAAGAUAAACCCCAUACUUCAUUCAGUAAAAAGGAAAGUAAACAGGUUAUGUCUUUCAUGCCAACUUCCUACUUGUCUAGGACAAAAAUUGAAGUCAAUCUAGACUCACAAGAUGCGUUGGAUGCUACUGAAACUGCCGGAGUCCCUAGUAGUAAGCUUACGAAGAAAAAUAGUGCACACAUGCAAGAUAACAGGUUUGAGAAUCCAUUCUAUGCAAGUGUUGCUAAUAAAUCUGAAACAGAAAAGGGACAUUUCACUGAACGAAAUACUGCAAUUGACUAUGAUGCUGGUAGCAUAAAUGAUGUGGAACAUGAGCAUGCCUUCUCAAACUCUCAUUCAUCCAGUUUUCCUUCAUUUGAUACGUCCAAGGAAGGCUUUGGUUCUUCCCUACACAAUCAAUCCGUACUGGAUGACAAAUCCCCUCAUCAUCAGCUUAACAGAUCGUUUUCAGCGGAUAAUUACUCGAAUGUGUUCAUGAGUGCCCCGUCAAAGCUAGAGGGAAAAGCAGAAGAUUUCCUUUUGCAACUGAGGCAGGGACUUUAUGGUGGCAUGCUUAUAGUGGCUGGUCAAUAG